CGGGGGGGCAUGUGGCCGUAUUCUACUGGAAGGACCGACGCACUGUUGGUGAUGGUCUCGGCUCGCGCGUGAUUUAUAUCUGGAUCCAACUAUUGCGGCUACAAAUGUUCCACCUCACCCCCGGGAGUCAGAGGGAGCAAACAAACAACUCACUCAAACCUCCGCAACGCUCCCUCCACCCAUCACCAUCACCGCCACCUUCGUUAAAGUAUCAACCUUCGUUUUCUCGCCACAUCCGCAUGGUAGCACAUCACCAUGCCCAUCGAUCCUCUUGCCCCCGGCCUCACGCCGCCAUGGAACCCGACGGGAGCGGCCGGUGACGAGACGCGGGAUCCAAAGACGCAUGUGCUGCAGGGCUCGUCGGCGGCCGGCGCAAGAGCUCUCGGCACCCAGCUGGUAGCAUUCUAUUUCCGGGCUCCGGUCAAAGCGUUUUUCCGCAUGCGAGUGGACUACAUGCAAGUCGCCCGCGCCAUCAACCCCGCCACCGCCAACGCCGGGUGGUCGGUAGCGCAGACUACGCCCGCACUGCUGUACCACGCGGUGCGGAAACACGGGUGGGGGUUCAUCCCGCGGCAGGUGCUGCCGCCGAUGGUCGCUAACGCCACUGUCGGCGCGAUCCUGUACACCAGCUACCUCCAGACGCUGGCAGCGCUACAUAAGCCUUCCGCACAGAACACGAAGCGGGUGUAUCCGCCGCCGCCGUGGGCCGCCACGUUCCAGGCGGGCUUCGCCGCGGGUGCGAUACAGAGCGUCGUUGCGGCCCCCCUGGAUGCGCUCGUGGUCAGGUUCAAGGUUCAGGAUAUGCUCGACGGCGGGUAUAGGAGCGUCUAUGCAUACAGCAGACACAAGCUAAAGGAGAUUGGACUGCGGGGGGUGUUUGCGGGGUAUUCGUUGAGCUUUAUGAAGGAGUCCCUAGGCUACGGCCUCUUCUUCGCCUCGUUCGAAUUCGUCAAGCAGCAGGCGUACUUCAGUUUCCUAACGUACUACUACUCAGGUCGGGGCCUGAUCAACCUCGGCCCGGUACCGAUCGUCUCGCCGCCGACGCCCGUCUCGGUUUCGUCGACGACGCACACCACGAUCCGCCCGCACUACGCUCUCGAGCCGACGUUCCUCCUCCUCGCGGGCGCCUGCGCUUCCAUCACGCAGCAGACAGUGCAGCACCCGCUGUCGAAAAUCCAAGGUGUGCACUACGGGCGGCUGGAGAGCAUCGACUACAUCACGAAGAACGUCUCGCACCAGCCGCUGCGCGUCGUCGAGGCGUACAAGCGCGGCUAUGGAAAGACGUACAGACAGUGUCGCGCGCAGGCGGCGAAGUCCGGUGGCUGGAGGAGGUGGCUUUGGAGGGGAUUGGCGGUAAAUACCCUCAGACAGAUCCCGAGUACUUCUGCCGGACUGUUUGUCUUUGAGAUCUUUAGGAGGAGGUUUGCCAGCGAGCAGAGGGAGAGUGUCGCUAUUGAGUUUGGCGAUAGGACUAUUCUGUUGAACUGAUUUGGUUGUUGGGUUGCGGGGUUGCUUAGAGGGAUGGUUAAAUGUACUGGAGGAGUUUUUGCUUGGGUUGGAGGGUUGUGUUUGGAGGAGUUUGUGUUUGCGGGAUGGGGGUUUGGUGUUUACAUGCUAUGCUGGUGGAUAUGCCCCGAUGGUUUCGCUCGGAGAUAACUGACUACACCUACCUAGAUGGAUGGGAAUGGAUGGAUGGAUGGAUGUAUGGGAUGGAUGGGAUGGAUGGACGGAUGGGAGUUGCGCAGUUUCUGUAAAUAUCAGGCGUGCCUUUUGAUAGAAUAAGGAAUA